AGUAUAGAUUCGAAAGAGGAUGGAUGACAGUAGUGGUGAGCGGCGUGGCGAGCUGCGUGGCGAACGCCGAGCGGCUUCGUAAUUAACAAUCCAUUUUGUAUUCGGCUCACCUGAUCGCGACGUGUGCGGUCCGUGACGUCAUAAUUCGGGGCCCCUUCGAGGCGUACCGCCCCCUUAAUGCGGGCUCCGACACCUCGACUACGCGAUGCAGCACGCACUUUUCUCUCUCUCUCUCUCUUUUUCUCUUUCUCUUUCUCUUUCUCUUUCUCUUUCUCUUUCUCUUUCUCUCCCUUCGUUUCUUUCUCUUCUCGCGUAUUCCAGCGAGUCCUCGAGGGGCAAAAGAAAAGGAAGAAAAAGAAGAAGAAGAAGAAGAAGAAGAAGGAGAAGAAGAGGAGAGACGAGGUAGAGGGAUAGGAGCUUCCUCUAACCUCUUCUCGGUGCCUGAAGAUGCCUGUGGAUGCGGUAUAUACACCUCGAAGGCGGCCAAGGGGGAUAUAAUGGCUUGGCCGGACUUCACACGAUGCCGACCGGUACACCGGCCCGGAGGAUGAUACAGACCUCAGACGGCGAGAGAAGGAGAGAGAGACAGAGAGAGAGAGAGAGAGGGAGAAGUAAGACGAGGAACGUCGAUAUACACGUAGAGAGAAGAGAAAGAAGGAAAAGAGAAGGACGGAAUAGGAACGGACCUCCGAGCAAGGUUCUCGAAUCGCGGAAAGAAUCGCAGCCAUCCUUCGAAAACUUCUCUCUCGAUCGAAUCGUUUGAUCUUAAAUCCUCUCUUAGAUUUUCUCCCAUGUAUCCGAGUAUCUACCGAGUUGAAGUUACUUGAAAUUUCUAUCGAGUCUCGCGGAGAAAACGAGUUUUCGCAUUAUUAUUUACGCUAGAUUACCGAUAUGUUUUUGAGAGGAGAGGAGAAAGAACGAGCAAUAAGAAAGGAGAGGGCACGAGAGGCGAUGCCGAGGUUGCUCUCGCGUGGAAGAGUCGGAGGGUGGAUCCUGUUACUCGGCUUUGUACGAGGCGGCCCCGUCUGACGGUGCCAGGCCGCGGGGGCCUUAUUUCAAGACCGUAUCGAAUCAGGCACGACAAUCGCCCUAAUAUCCACACGAAUGCCGUGCCGUGCCGUGCCGCACUGCACCGCAUCGCACCGCACCGCGCUACACCGCAUCGCACCGCACCGCACCGCACCGUCGUACCCGGAGACCCUUCGAGGCGAGACGAAGAGAGCAAACCUCCUCCUCCUCUUCUCCUUCGAGUAAGAGAUCCCUCUUCCUCCUAUCGACGACUUCUUUACACCGUAAAAUAAGGUUAUUAGUCCCCAUAAUAUACGAUACCUUCGAAAUACGCUGUCCUGUUUUUUGUUCUCUCUUCCCUUCGGCUUUGUACUUUUUUAGACAGAGUAUCAAAAAUAUCGUAGAACGAACCAAGCUAAUUUAGAUUCUCUCAAAUUUUUCUACCGGGCAUGUUUGAAAAGGAAAAGAAAGAAUCGUUUAGGAGAGUAAUGGGGGCCACUCCGGUGGGCCCUCUCGCGACCCUUCUCGCGGUCCACGCGGCUCGUUUUACCUAACGCGAAUAAGCGCGGUCGUUACGACGUUUGCGUUGGCAUUUAAUUGUUUGCCCUUUUCCUUUCGAAACCCGAACGUCGCUUUUUCUCUCUCCGCCUUUUCGAAGACCCUUUUUUUCUUCUCCUUUUCGUCGUUCUCUCGUCGCCACCGAGAUUACGGAUGGAUUAUGCCGAGUAAUAAAAUAAUUUUAUUUUUGUUUGCGAAAGGUAUUACGUGAGAUUCCGAGUGUUCAGAGUUCCGCUCGGAUCGAAAGGAUCUAUCUAGUCCCUUUUAGUCGGCGCAACAUACUUUUUCUUUCUCUUUUCAUUUUUUUCUUCUCUUUCUUUUCAUGCGAAUAUUUCCCUUCUAAACGAGAACGACUCCUCGAAAUAAGUCCGUCCGUAUUCUCGAUAAAUACUUAUCGCUUAAAGUUUUGCGUAGAUAUAUUAAACUCUUUUAUUAACGUUUCUUAAUUUGACGUAUCAACGCAAAGAGGGAGUCGAACGUAAGUUCUUUUAAAAGUUAGUAUAAAACUGGUUUAAAACGUUAUUUUAUCUUAAUUAGCGCGGUCUACGCUUUCUCUUUGAUCGCGUUCGGCCCUCGCAAGACGGCCUCGACAGACUUUAUAGGUUCCGGAAGAAAAGGUCGAUGCGCAUCGCGUUACGCCGAGACACGGCCGAUAAACGGAUUAACAACUUUGGAUCUAAUUGCUUGCUGGGAACCGAUUGUAAAAGAUAUUUGGUUGGUCGACCGGUCGACCGGUCGACCGGUCGGUUCGUCGGUCGAUUUGUCGGUCGGUCGGUCGGUCGGUCGGUCGGUCGGCCAGACUCGCUGCCAUCAUCGCCGAGAUUGGGAUAGUACACGCCCAUACGCAUAUAUCCUAUGUAUAUAGGCAUUUUAAUAAUAUAGAAAUUAGAGGCGCGCAUAAGGUAUCUUGGCAAGCUUAUCUUUCCGUUCGUCGAGAAACCAUCGGCUUUCAACCUGUCGCGAAGAAAGAACCUGCCUGUGUUUACUCACCUUUCCUUCGGAGUUCCAAUCGCUUUACGGUCCUAAUCGUUACUUCCGCAUAGUACACCGCGAUCGGCCCGCCCUUUCCUUCUCCUCGUCCCCAAACGCGUAUCCUUAUCGGUUUUGUUAUCGCCACUAAUGCCGUACCGGCAAUAGCUUUAGGAAUUUUCAACGAUAUGACCGACUACCUUAGCUCGUUUUCUACGUUACGUGGACUCUUGGCUUCGACCGAGAUACCUUUCUCAGGACCUUUUUUUUUAUUAUUUUUAUCGAAAGUCCCGGCCGUUGGUUGUGACAUUUUUUCGAUUCCAAUCGUUCUACUCGUUAUACGAUCUUGUCUACGCACUUAGUCUUAUCGUCAAUCUAUAAGCUCCGAGUCAUCGAACGUGAAAAGACACGAAGAAGAAGAAGAAGCGGAGGAAGAAGCGGAAGAAGAAGAGGAAAAGAAAGAAGAAGAGGAAGAAGAAGAAGAAGAGGAAGAAAGGCGUUCGCCAAAAUCGCUAAAAUCGUUAAAAAUGAAAAGGCAGAGGUUUCGUCUUCUUUUCUCGAGCCCAUCAGAAGCGGGUCUGGGUCCAGGGCGGCGUUAUAAUUUGAGGCGGUUUCAGGGAGGUCCCGGGCUUCGGGACCCGGGCCCACGAAGCCUGGGGCAGCAGCCGAGUUCAAUGAAGUCAUCAGCUAGCCCGGCCCGUGGCGGUCUGUUAUUAUACCGUGGUACCGCGCCACCGUACUCCUUUCGAAUCUACCUCUCUGCCUCUUCUUCGGCUCGGUGCUACCUCUGCCUCCACCUCCGUUCCUCUCGAGCACGCUUCUCUACGUAACUUUGACCGAAUCGAUCGAUCGAUUUAAAAAAGAGGAACGAGCGAUAAUCGAACGUCCGGAUAGCUACUCGACUUUACUAUCGCGACUAUAUCUUUAGUGCUUUCUCUCGCAGAAAAUUACGAGAGGUUGGCGAAGAAAAAGGAGGAAUUAAUAGCUUCGCUCUCGACAGUUGUUAACGUUUCGAAUUAUUCGAUACAUUUCCAGAGGAUAUCGAGUACUCGUAUUUUCUUGAUUUUUCUCGCUCACGAACCGUGCCGUAGGAUAAUAGCGCUAUUUACAAGCACGACCCUCUCGUUUCGUUUUCUCCAUUCCCAUUGUAAUAUCACGCGUGUACGUUCUCCAUAUCGGCGGAGAACGUGGAAGUCGUCGUAAAGUCGGCACGGUGCAAUGCUAACUCGCAUAAUGCACCAUACUCGGCUUGUCCUUUCGUCCUUUUCACGACGUAUUCCGAGCGCACGGUCACCUUUCCCCUUUCGUUAACAUCGUUCGCCGCUCCUAAGACGAUCCAUCUCGCUAAAAGCUGUGUGAACUUUACGAACCACGACGGAAUCCGGCCGUUUCUCGACGACGACGACGACGACGACGACGACGACGACAACGCAGUCCGGCCGUAGCGUCGACGUAAAGUCGCGAUCGUGUACCGUUCCUUCUUCCGCCUCGAAAAAAAGGACGAAGGGGCGACGGGGUACCGGAACGACCGAGAGACGCAAUAAUACGUAGAGGAGAAACGUAAAGCGUACGCGCGGUACAGGUCGACGCAAAAAGGAGCGUAUCUCGACGAUGCAAAAAGUUGAGACGGCGUAACGCGAAAGGCCGUUAUUUAUUCUCGGGAAGCAUUCUUCUCGUUGAGGAUCUCGCUGUCGUAGCGUGCCGUUUCGUUUCACGCGAGCCGAGCGCUCGAGAGACACGCAUGGCUCGCACUUAUGCAAGAUCCUGUAAGAUCGGGAAUCGUGGCGGUAAUAAUCGAGAAAGAGAGGAGGAACGGCGACGACGCGCCGAGGACGACAAGUGGAGAACGCGAGGGGUCUAACUCGAUCGGCUCGAUCGGCUCGGCCGGUUAGCCUCCUUACCCUUUUCUUCGAUUCUCGAUCCGUUGGUAUGGCGAAACAUAUCGACGUCUCCUAUAUGGUUGGAUCUUAUGGGAAAUAGAAAGUAGCCACGCAGCGCGCGCGGUGUACGCGCGGUGUGCCUGCGUUUAGCCUACGUGAAAUUUACGAGCGUACUGUCUCGUAAUUACCAUUGUGGAAACUCGCUGGAGAAAGACGAACGCAGCGGACGCGCAACGAACGAGCGAACGAACGAACGAACGAACGGUGGAAGAAGGAAAGAGAAUGCGCCGUGUGAAUCGUCUUAAGGCCAGCUCGUGUAACUGGCGUGUAAUUGCAACGGCGCGUUUACUCGGGCAUCCGUUUACCCACUUUGAUCGCAAAAGCGGAAUUGCGAACGUUCGAGAGAGGUUCGGGAUCGGUUCGGAUUUGCCGCGCUUAUUAACCGUAGAAACGGCAGGCGAGCUUCUGCCGGUGGUAUCGCCGUAGCGUCGUCGCUUAGACCGAUCGGUAUCUCCCGUCGAAUUAACGACGUUGCCUCCGUAAUUUCGAAACCUCCGGAGAGAGCUAGAGAGAGAGAGAGAGAGAGAGAGAGAGAGAGAGAGAGAGACCGCCUUCGGAUAAUUGGGGAGAAAUAGACGAUAGCGCUCGGCGUUUUCUCGACCGUCCGUGAAAAUUGCACCACGUAUUUCGAUAUUCGCUACGGUUAAGAGCACCGUUACCUACGCCGAUCUUUCUUUCGCUUCUUCCCCGAGCAAAGUUGAAACGUCCGAGAGACGCGUCUCUCGAUUUAGGUAUUUUCGAGACGAUCGGACGAGAUCUUUCGGCGGGACAAAAAGUUUGACGUCUCGAACGAGUUUCUGUCUCUCCGAUGUCUCUGGCCGGCUGGCUCCUCCGAGAUAGCCUCUUUCGAUGGAAUGCAUCGUCCGUUUACAACAUCGACGAUAGACGAAUGCAAAAUUCCACGAGUAUAUCGUAAGGUGGAUGACGAGCGGAGGCGUAAUAAAUCGAGGAAACGUCAAGAGGAGCGGCCCCGUAGAAAAAGGGCUCCAUCUUGGAGGAGCGUUCUUUCUUCGUCGUGGGACCGAUGACACGGCCUCGGUCCCAACCGGCAGGAUUUUCGGCUACUCGGUCACGAGUUGCAGGCCCGCGCGCUUCGCUUCGCGAGACGACGGCCUUGCCUCGCGAGAUCCCUCGCAAAAAGCGCCGUCCCCCUUCUUUCCGUCCGACCGUUCGUCCGCUCUUCGGAGCCCCCUCGCCGUUCCUCUCUGCGGCGUUCCUCCGUAAAUUCGUAGCAGCGCAGGGUCAAGGAGAUUCGAGAGGGAGAUAGACGGAUGGAUGGAUGGAUAGGUAGGUAGACGAGAGAGAGAGAGAGAGAGCGAGCCAAGGCGCGGCAUAUCAUCGCGCUAUUUCGCGGAGACGAGCAAAGUCGAUAGCACCGCGCGUUGCGUCGUCGAGUCUGUCCGGAGCGGUUCGGUAGUAGGAGGAGCGAAGAAGGCCGCGGCGACGGCGGCGGUGGCGGCAGGUUCGAGCAGGUUCUCAGGAAUUCACGACUCAUGCGGCGACCGGGUGUUCGAGUGAAACGUAUAAUGGCAUUUAACGAAGAAGAAUCGAGGUAGCAGAUCCAUCGAGGAGCUCGCUCGAAAUUGCUUGCUCAGGCUAAUGUCGAAAUGAGGGACGUCGAACGACGACGUCGGGUAUUGUUCCAACACCCUUCCCAUUCCCCAUUCUACGCGACGCCGCGUGGGAACACGCCCGCUUUCUUCCUCCUUCCAUUAUCUCUCUUCCUUCUCGCGACGACCGUCGGCCGAUCUCGUUGGAUAGCUCGCAAUUCGAAAUUCCUAGCACGAACUAGACGAGAGUAACGGAGGAGAGCGAACGCGCGUUAAGGAAGAAGUCACGGAGAGAAACUUUAAAGAGUUGCCGAGAGAGGAGAGGAGAGAGAAGGAGGGCCUCGGAGCCUCGGAAAGAAUGGUAGUGGGCUUGGAAUAGUUCCAUCUCCUCGUCUCUGAAAACUGGUCUGGCGAACUCUCGGACCAGGGAACGGAGAAGAGUCGGAGGAGCUGCAUUCCCCGGUAAUUAGUCUCACCCAUAAAUUACUGGCUAUUCCGUGUUUGCGUCGGUCGCGAGUCGGCGAUACGGUUCGUCCGCGGCAGCCCUGUCGUACCUCGUCAUCCCUCUUACCGCUAAGUUUCUGCUACGUCUCGCGGAAUCGAGAGAGAGAGAGAGAGAGAGAGAGAGAGAGAGAGAGAGCUUCGCCGCGAUCCCGCUUCCACGACGAGAUCUCCUCUCUCGGGGCGCCCGAAGAAAGGAACCCGCUGCUAAAUGAGCCGUAAUGCGGCCCCCCGCUGGAUCCUCCCUAGCCGGUACAACUCCGUCAAACGUAUCUCUUAUUCCUUCUUCUCUUUCAUCGCCGCUAUUAUCGCUUCUUUUUCUUCGCGUACGUAUACUCGUGUAUACCUACCGCGACCGCUUAUUACCGUCGUCAUUUUCUAUUUUCUUCGUACACCGCGCGACCACUCCGACAAAAGGAUGGAUUUUCGAUUGGAUUGGAGAGAUCUCUCGCGAGGAACCGGCCUACUUUCUCCGUCCGCUAGAUUUUGGCUAUCGCGGAAUCUUUUCUAUUCGAGGAAAGGACAUUGGGCUGAAGUCGACGAGAGGGGAAGAGAUCGUGCGGUGCGCCGUGGUACGGUACGAUUCGGUUGCGGCUCGACGCCGCCGCGCGGCGCUCACCUGCCUCUCUCUUCGCAGCUCGCAACAGUCUCGCACCGAGAGCGAUCGCGCGCUCCUCUCUCUCUCUCUCUCUCUCCCUCUCUCUCUCUCUUUUCCCUCUCUCCUCCCAGCGGUAAAUGCGUCUUUCCACCUCCGUGCGGACACGUACGAUGCACGUGCCAUCGUUGCUGCCCCGUUCCAUCCUCUCGUCGAGUUUUCUUCCCAUCCUCCAUAAUUUUAUUUCGGAAACCGGCUGAUUCUCCCUUACUGUCGAUCGCGCUCGAUAAAAAUCCGAACGUACGAUAUCGGUUUCGCCUCUCUUCUUCCGCGCUGAUGUUGCGUCGUUGAGACGAUGGUGGCCGUGGCGAUGGUGGCGGCGUGUCUUCUGGGGAAGAAGGCUAGGAAGAAGAAGCGGAGGAGAAAGAAGAAGAAGGAAAGAAGAAGGAGGAGGAGGAGGAGGAGGAGGAGGAGGAGGAAGAGGAGGUGGAGGAGGAAGAAGUUGGACGGAUGGUGGGGGCAGCUCUUCUCUACUCCCCAGAACUCGGUUGGUGGGGGUAAGGCAACACUCAAAGAUCGUGGUGACGUAGUUCUGGCAGGAACGCGACGCGUUUUUGUCCCCGCCGGAAGAAAAGACCGUUUUAUUACGAUCCGUUUUACUACGACUGCCUGCCUCUUCUCGCGCUCUUCGCGGUGGCCGGUGUCUUUGGGAGAGAAAGGGAGAGAGAGAGAGAGAGAGAGAGAGAGAGAGAGACGGAGACAGAGAGGAAGAGAAAGAGAGAGAGAGAGAGAGAGAGAGAGAGACAGCCCGACGCAGAGGGAGGGUGCGAAGGAAGAGGAACGAGUCCGUCCUCGAGCAGGGUGGGGAUACGGGAGGAGAGAGGGGCAAGUGACUUCCACGAGACCGGAAGUCCAACUUCUUCCGGAUCGUUCUCCGAAUCGCGCGAAUCGAUCCUUCUCGCGAUCCGGAAGAUCCGCGUCUUCCGAACGGAGACGGAUCGUUUCGUUCGCGGAGAUAAACGGAAAGAGAGGGGGAUCUCUCGUCAUGAAGCUUUCGUCCUUUUCCGUCUCUCUCGACGUAGUCUUUCCGUCCUUUCUACUUCUUUUCGCUCGCGAAGUCGGAGAAAAGAGCAUCGAAGCGAUUUGCUGAUUCCGACUCGAGAGCUUUGGUCGGCGUAUGAAGAAAAAAAAGAAGCCAAAUAGAUUUGGAAAGUUCGUCGAGGAGUGUUCGAGAUCGCGUUCGACGGUGAAAGGUGCUCGCUUUUCCUUCGAAGGGAGUUGGUGCGCGCCAAGGAACCAGGAGUUUGAUAGAGGGCCAGAGGGGACGGAGAUGCGCCCCGUUCUCCUGGCGAUCUGCCUCCUCCUCGUCACCCCGAUUACCGGAUCGUUUUGGACGGUAGGAAGUCAGAUGGUGAUGGAUCCGAUGCUCGUUUGCAAGAAAACGAGAAGAUUGAAAGGAAAGCUCGCCGACAUUUGCCGAAAGGAGCCGUCCUUGUUGAAGGAGAUCGCAAAAGGCGUUCAAGUCGGUACGAGAGAGUGUCAACACCAGUUUAGAAAUCGCAGAUGGAAUUGUACGACGAUACGGCGAUCCCUGAGGAAAAUUCUUUUACGCGAUACCAGGGAGACUGGCUUCGUGAACGCCAUCACCGCCGCUGGAGUUACUUAUGCGGUUACCAGGGCCUGUACCAUGGGUGACCUUGUGGAAUGUUCAUGCGAUAAGAUGACGACGAAGGGCAAUCGGCUGGGCAAACUCGCGCUGACGGCGGACGUAAAGAAGAAUCUUCUUACCGAGGGCGAGUGGGAAUGGGGCGGAUGCGGCGACAACGUCAAUUUUGGUUUUCGAAAGUCGAAGGAUUUCAUGGACGCGCCGUAUAGGAAACGUAGCGACAUCAAGACGCUGGUGAAGCUUCACAACAAUGCCGCGGGACGUUUGGCGGUGAGGAAUUUCAUGACGAUCGAGUGCAAGUGCCACGGGCUGUCGGGCUCGUGCAGCGUGCGCACCUGCUGGCGAAAGAUGCCGUCCUUUCGCGAGGUCGGCGAUCGUCUGAAGGAGUCGUUCGACGGGGCGGCGAAGGUGAUACCGAGCAACGACGGGCACAGCUUCAUCACCGAGGGUCCGACCAUCAAGCCACCCGGUAGAUUCGAUCUGAUUUAUAGCGAGGACUCGCCGGAUUUCUGCAAGCCGAAUCGGAAGACGGGAUCUCUCGGUACUGUCGGCCGGCGAUGCAACUCCUCCAGUCCCGGCGUCGAAGGUUGCGAGCUCCUCUGUUGCGGCAGGGGCUACGACACGAGGAUAGUCAAGGAGAAGGUCAAUUGUCAGUGCAGGUUCAGAUAUUGCUGCGAGGUCACUUGCGAGACCUGUCUCGUAAAGACCACCGUCAACACCUGCCGUUGACCCGUCUCGUAACGUUUACUCUCUUAUUUUGCAAACCCGAGAACGUGCGCACCCCUAUAUUUAUACGCUCGAUAUUAAUGUAAAUGAUAUUAAAACAAGCGCGUUGCGAGCGACGCGUUGACUCGCGCUUCGCCUCGCGUACCGAUCGAUUAACGUCCCGUUUAUAUCCAAGCGUCUUGUGAUUUAUACCUUAUCUUAGUACAUACCAUUUAAGUAUAGAAAAGUAUUCAAGUACCGAUGCCUAUUCGAUAAAACGUUAACGAGAUGUAAAUAGUAGCAAGGUUCUCACGGUCUCCUUAAGGAUUAAUUCUAAGUAUAAUCGACGUUUCCCCUUGGUACCGUUGCGAUUAUUUUUAACAACGACGUCUUGCGAUUAGUUUUAUUAUCGACGUAGACGGGAAGGUAACGUUUAUUCUUCUUAGCUUACCAUUAGCGUUAAUGAAAGAGGUCGUUAAUUUUUUCACUUAAAGCUUUCCGCGUAUCUCCAGCGUUUCUUUUCCAUAGGUAUGCUUACUUACUCGACGUACGCGCGUACGAGUUGCCACGUAGGAUAUACCUAUAUAUUGUUUUUUUUUUUCCUUUUUCUUUCUUUCUUUCUUCUUUUUCUCCUUUAAGUAUAUUAUCACCUUGAGUUUAAUAUCUUGCUGAAAUAAUAUAAGGACACUUACCCGUUUCAACCUUAAUCAGUCGAUUUACCUUUCUCCUUCUCGAUCGGCGAGCGAAAUAGAUGGAGUCAAUUUCUUUAUCGCUCUUAUCUCUUUUACUCUUGUACAUAAGACUGAUACAGUUCAUGCAUAACAGAUUACGUUCACGCGCUUACGUAGUCGCAAAUGUGACUCGUCGGCUAUCGGCCAUUACAUGCGAUACAAGCGAUAGCUAACUCUUUUUCUUUCUUUCUCUUUCUUUUUUAUUCUUUUUUUUUUUCUUGUCUUUUUUCCCGUUUUCUUUCAACCGGUGUACCGCGUUUCAACGCGAUUGGACGAAGCGUGGAUUAAAUAUAUACGGACGUAUGGUUCGACUUUGAUUUCGAAUUUUAGACUUUAUCCCGUUACCAACGACACGAUUCAUUCCAUUAUCCAUUCUCGAAAGUAAAGGUAAGUAAAAUAUUCAAUUUCUAAC